GUAGACUGUAAAUAACUUAGAAGAAAUAGAGUCGAAUUUAAAAUAAAGGUUUAAAAUGAAAAGGUGCAAUGCUAUUCUUAAAUAAGAGAAAAAAUUUGCAAUUAAGUCUAGCUCUUUGCUAUAUGAAGCUUGCAUUAUAAUCAGUAGCAUAAAUAUAUUUGAAGGUCACAUAAUGUCAUAAUCAUUUCUUUCACUACAAUCUUUUUAUACAGCUAAGGAUUGGAAUACUCUAAUUUUUCCUUCUAUGCCAGAACAUACUUAAAUCUUAUCAAAAUACUAUUUAAAUAGAUAAGUAUUAACUUCUACUACAUCUCAAAUUUUUGUAAGCCAUUGAAUAAGGGUUUAAUACUUAAGAUUAAAAAAUGAAUCUAGCCAAUGAGAACUAAUAAAAUUAAAAGCUAUAACCAACGAGAGCUCUCUUCCAUUAAAAUUUAAAUGAACUCCAUUAAUAUGCCUUUCUUGAAGUAUUCUACUCUUUUAGUCUUGCGAAUUUAAAUAUCAUAUCAGAAAAUCUUAAAUGAUAGAAUAUAAAUAAAGAUAAAUUAAAUUCUGCAAUUUGAAUUAAAAGUAUGGC